AUGUCUUUAUCUUCAGCAGAUGAGCCUGUACUUCAGGUAAUUGUGGAAAAUUUACUGCCACCAAAAUAUUGUGUUCCAGAACUUGCAUUGGUAAUAAAUGGUAAAAAGUCAAAAGGAACAGGUCGUUUUGGUUUUUCAGAUAUUUUUGUCUUGAGUAAAACAGGAAAUAAUAAUGUUAGCUUAGAAUUGAAAUAUAUUUCAUUAAUUGGUUUGAUAGGAAAUCAGAGAGAUAAUUUUAAUGCAAAUGAUCUGGAAAAUCUUGACAAAAUUCUUGAAAAGGAAGAUGAAGAAUCUUUAUUAAAUAGAACAUAUACAUUUUGGUUAAAAGAAAAUAAAAAAACAAAUAAAAUAACUGUAGGUGAAGUGUUAAAUAAUGGAAUAAGCCUAUUAAAACAGUAUAUGAAUACAAUUUCAAAAGGAAAAAAUGUUAAUUAUUCCAGUUCAGGGGUAUUUGAUAAACAUGUUAAAAUAACUGCAUCAAAUAAUCCUAAUAAACUAAAAGGAUUUGUCAUAUUAGUGGUUGGUUUUCGUCAUAUUUUAUGGAGACCUGUAGAAGAAGUAAUAACUAAUUAUACAUAUAAUAAGGUUUAA